UCUUGUCGCCAUAAAUCUUGUCGGUGUUGGGACUUUCGGAUGGAUAGAGGCUAUCGGUGGCAUCCUCAAGAUCAUGCUCGUGCUGGGGGCCACUAUCGCUCUCUAUGUUAUUGCUGCACAACGUACGUCAAAGAGAUUCAGCAAUUCUCACACCGUCUAAUAUAUGAUAGAAAGCUUGUGGUCUGGAGAUGGACCGAUACAAGAUGGCUUUCAAUACAACGAGACUUUCACUACCAACAAGUACCGUGCCCUUGCGUAUGUGAUCCCUAUGAUCGCUUUUGGUUUCCUUGGUAUCGAGACCGUCGCCGUGACCGCGUUCGAAGCAAACACAUCUCGCUCUUUACGGCUCCCCUCCCAGUCAAUCGCCUACGUCGUACUUUUGCUAUACUUUUUAUGUCUACUUGGACAGUGCCUCAACGUCUCAUGGCAAGAUGGGCAUCUCCCAUUGAUCUAUGGUGGCAUAGGGGAUGGCGCAACAGAUACCAAAAGCCUCAAGGACCCGACCUCCAGUAAUCUCACCAUAAUUGCACUCUGGUACAAGGGACAAAAAGGUUUAGCAGCAUUUUUGAAUGGUGCUAUGAUCUUUAGCGUCAUUUCAGCUGCUAAUACCUCACUCUAUGUCGCAUCGCGAACACUUUACGGUAUUGCGAGGGAUGUACCAACGACAAACUGGCUGGGCAAGUUCCUGCAUAGCUUUUCUGUGGUGGUGCCAAAGACUGGAGUCCCCGCUCGUGCUCUGGUUUUCUCUGCAGUCGCGUUCCUAUGGUUGCCUUUCCUCAGUCUGAAAGGCGGAUAUGCAGUACAAUAUGUCAUCGAGAUAUUCCAGAUCUCUGCGAGUGUCAGCCUCCUGGUUGUCUGGGCUUCCAUAUCCUUUGCGUAUUUGCGCUACUACAUCUGGCUCAAACACUGCGAAAAGAAUCUCGUCGACAAGUACCAGCAAUUCAAUCGCAGCGACGGCUCUUACCCACCGUUCACGGUACUUGCUUUCCUACAACCGCUUCCAGCGAUCGCCGCAAUCGCAGGCUGCGUCAUCGUCUUCGCUUUCUGCAGUGCGACAUGGUGGGAUAAGGAUGUCACGUUUUCAAAAGUCGCAAUCGGCUACGCGAGCCCUAUCAUCUUAUUUGUGCUAUUCGUCAUCUUCAAGCUGAUCAACCGCCGGAUGUGGAUUCGCACGAGCGAUGACUUUGCAGUUCUUGCGCAGACGCUAGAUAGACUGAAGUGGUAUAAGACAGACGAACUUGAUCUGGAUCCGCAAACUCAGCGUGAGGAGGAAAUGAGGGUACUCUCUCCGCCGCAGGUAUCUAGACAAGACCUAGGUGAAACUGUUCAAAGCUAAAGAGAUAAGUUAUAGAGAAUAAAAGGUUAGGCUUCUUAGUAGGGUAACUUAGGUGCAUGCUUUGUGGGUUAGUAUGCUUCGCGGUCUACCUGUGCUAAGCCCCUGCUUAAACUACUUCUAUUAUAGCCUUUUAUAACCUACUUUAGCACAAUAUAGUAUAAAAGACAUUUAGAUAGUAUUAAGAACUUCUACUUUAUAGUUAUAUA